AUGAAGCUCACAACAGUCGUAUUAUUAGUGAUAAUUUCGCUUGUAUCUGCUAACUCGGGUGUGGAGAAAACUUACACGAAUUUGGUAAAAAUUGUGGGUGAUUUUAGAAAUGCGUUUCGAGCCUUCAACAUUUUUAUCGCUAGAAGUGAACCAUCUGGAGAACUUCCCGUGUCCACAGCAUUUGUGACAAUGCUCAAACUCUUUUCGAAGCAAAACGUUUUCUCGAUGAUAACUACAAUCAGGGACAUCUCUAAAAAUCUUGCCUACUACGAUAAGCGAAUGACUACGCCUUAUUUCGUGAUCAUCAUCAGAUCAGUGUCAGAUUUCAACGAUUUCGCGAAGGUUACCAGACAGAGCAACAUGAACCUUUAUCAAAUGUUGAUGAUUUUCUCGGAGAACAUGAAAGCACUAUGUCUUAGACCCGAAGGCAAUCCUUUCAAUCUGGUUUUGGACUCCAGGUUUCUCAUCAAAUGCCUAGGACACCCUCUUAUCAGAGAAUGGUACUCUAUGUAUCCAAACCAAACGAUAAUAAACGAACUUCUCGAAUGGAACAGCAUAGAUCCUGGAUUCAAGUGGCUAACCAACUUGACCUUCUACGAAAGACGAAAUUCACUCAACAACAUGAGCUUACGGGUCACGAUGACGGAGAAUGAAAAGUUGACGGGCUUCUUCGGCCAAAUUCUGGAUGAGAUUUCGAAGCUUGCAAAUUUCCACAUUGAUAUACAGCCUUACGAAAUUUCUCCAGGCUCUUAUGAUCCAGUAACGAAAAAGUGGUCUGGAGUAAUGGGAAAGCUCGAUGAAAAAAAAACCGACGUAGGAGUCGGCCAGUUUACCGUUACUCAGGAGAGACUCGAUAUCGUCCAUUUUUCAGUUCCAAUCAUUGCCUCGAAGUCUACUUUUUAUCUUAAGAAAUCACACACAUCUCAUGUGCUCUGGUCCAUGUAUUAUAAGGUGGCAUUUGGAGUGAAAGCUUCAUAUUAUUUAUUUAUCAUCUUUAUCAUAUCGCCGAUUCUACUGAGCUUCUCAACGACGAAAAGAAGUAAAAGAAGCUUUGGAGCCAACGCAUACGAAAACUAUUUCAACGUAUGGGGUAUUUUUUGUGCCAAAUCGACAGCAUUUCCCUCUCACGAAUCGGCAAGAAUCUUAUAUUAUUCACUGUGUCUCCUAUCGUUCAUGUUAUAUGCGAUAUACUCUGCACUACUAGUCAGUUACUUAACGAUAUUCAAACAAGAUAUGCCAUUCAACUCAAUGGAAGAAUUUACUGAUGCGAAGACACACAAAAUCAUAACGAUAAAAAAUACAAGCUUUAUGGAUUUAUUCAAGAUAUCUCAUGACACUUCGAUGAGAGAAUUGAACAGUUUCUUGAUGGAGGACAAGGAUCUGCCAACAACAUUACCGGCUGCUUUAAAUCAAAUAUGCGAAGCGAAUAAUCUCGUCCUUUACAUCGAUGAAAUAGUUUUGCGAAGCAACAAGAUCAACAUGGCAUGUGAGUUGAUUGCUUUGACUAGAGGAAAAUUAAGCAGCAUGGCAUUAGGUCUUCCAAAAAACAGUCCGUACGUUGGGCUAAUCAAUUAUCAGUAA